AAGCUUAGAAAAAUUUAUUAUCUCUGCGAUAAUACACAAUCGUUUCGGCUGGACUCCAUACUCCAUAGCCCUAAGCUCUGCUACUACUGAUUUGCAUUUGCCACCACCAAGUCUAACUUCCGCGAUCUCGUAAAUUUCGGAGCUAUGGCGAGAAAGAUGCUUAUUGAUGGUGAGGUGAGCCAACCUAAUGCGGAGGAAAACCACUACGACUUUGACUUGUUUGUCAUUGGAGCUGGAAGUGGCGGGGUCCGUGCGGCUAGAUUUUCUGCUAAUUAUGGAGCCAAGGUUGGGAUUUGUGAGCUUCCAUUUCAUCCAAUCAGCUCAGACGUCGAAGGAGGAAUUGGUGGAACGUGUGUCCUUCGUGGUUGUGUUCCCAAGAAGAUUCUGGUAUAUGCAGCUACUUAUGGUGGUGAACUUGAGGAUUCCAGGAAUUUUGGGUGGGAGCUAAAUGAGAAAAUUGACUUCAACUGGAAGAAACUUUUGCAUAAGAAGACAGAAGAAAUACUCAGGUUAAAUGGAAUUUACAAGCGCUUAUUGACAAAUGCUGGGGUUAAAAUAUUUGAAGGAGCGGGAAAAAUUGUUGGUCCUAAUGAAGUUGAGGUAACACAACUAGAUGGCACUAAAUUGAGCUACACGGCUAAGCAUGUAUUGAUUGCAACUGGCAGUAGGGCUCAACGUCCCGAUAUUCCUGGCCAGGAGUUAGCCAUAACCUCUGACGAGGCUUUGAGUUUGGAGGAGUUACCCAAGCGUGCUGUAAUAGUGGGGGGAGGGUACAUUUCUGUCGAAUUCGCUUCAAUAUGGAGGGGGAUGGGUCUGACCGUGGAUCUAUGUUUCAGAAAGGAACUUCCUUUAAGAGGUUUCGAUGACGAGAUGAGAGCAGUGGUUGCGAGAAAUCUUGAAGGCAGGGGAAUUAAUUUGCACCCAAGGACAUGUUUGACACAGUUGGUUAAAACAGAGGAUGGCAUAAAAGUUACCACAGAUCAAGGGGAAGAGUUGACUGCGGAUGUUGUACUCCUUGCCAUUGGUCGGGCUCCUAAUACUAAGAGGUUGAAUUUGGAAGCUGUAGGCGUGGAACUUGACCAGACAGGAGCUGUGAAGGUUGAUGAGUACUCACGCACCAACAUACCUAGUGUAUGGGCUGUAGGUGAUGUUACAAAUAGAAUGAAUCUCACCCCUGUGGCCCUAAUGGAGGCAACAUGCUUUGCAAAAACUGUUUUUGGUGGGAAACCUACCAAACCAGACUACAAAGAUGUGCCUGUUGCAGUGUUCAGCAUACCACCUCUAUCUGUAGUGGGCCUUAGUGAAGAGGAGGCAAUUGAUCAAGCAAAUGGUGACAUCUCAGUUUUCACAUCAACCUUCAAUCCAAUGAAGAACACUAUCUCUGGACGACAAGAAAAGACAGUUAUGAAGCUAGUUGUUGAUGCUGGGACAGAUAAAGUUAUUGGAGCAUCCAUGUGCGGACCAGAUGCACCUGAGGUCAUACAGGGCAUUGCUGUUGCCGUUAAGUGUGGAGCAACGAAGGAACAAUUUGACAGCACGGUGGGAAUACACCCUUCAGCAGCUGAGGAAUUUGUGACCAUGCGGUCAGUGACAAGGCGUAUUGCCGCCAGUGGCAAACCGAAGACUAAUCUGUAAAGAUACAAAUAUGAUGAAUCUAUGAAGAAGGAAAGAAGAGUGAUAAUAUGCAGUUGAAAGGGGUAAAAAUACUCAAUGAUCGUAUGCAAUAGAAUCAUAAUUCAUUAGGAGUACAGAAUUCGUUUACAGAGAACGCUGUUCAGCUGCUCUCCCAAUAAAAGGUUCAUCAGAUGUCAAGCAUAUGCAAGUGCUGUGUUGGUUCCACGUUAUGGCAGUGUGAGUGAGUUCACAUAAUUUAGUGCAGAAAACCAUGUUACUUAUUCUUUAGAUUAUUUUAUCAUCUGCUGAAUUUUGGAUUGGAUCGACAAUCCCAUAUCUUCUGAUUGAUGGGGAUUACAAUAUUAUUUAUUACUCAGGCCACCUUGUUUGAGUCCUCAUUUUUAUGAACAAGGCAAACUAGAGAACAAUAUCCCACUUUUUGGACUUAUAAUU